AUGACGUGUCUGCUCGCUGCAGGAAAACUAUCUAGGUUAGGUAGCUACGGAGGCAGACAUACCAGCUAGUUAACGUUAGCUAGUUAACGUUAGCUACCUUAUGUCAACUGUCCUAUCUGGUGAAUUCAAAUGCCAGCUAACCUGUCACCCCCUGUGUAGAAAGAUAUUAACGUUACCCCAAGAAACGUUUAGCUAACCAGGUUCGUCGACAGAAGAGGAAAAUGUGCUCCCUGCACAGAGCGAGAGGCUCUGUUUUGGUUAUCUUCCUUCUGCUACACAGCGCUACAAGUUUCUAUCUUCCGGGUCUGGCCCCUGUUAGUUUUUGUGAACCAGGACAAGCUGGGAAAGAGAAUGAAGUACCGGACUGUAAGUCUACCAUCGAGGUAUUUGUGAACAGACUGGAUUCUGUGGAGUCUGUCUUGCCCUAUGAAUACACUGCGUUUGAUUUCUGCGCUAUCGACUCUGAGAAGCGCCCGUCUGAGAAUUUGGGUCAGGUUUUGUUUGGCGAAAGAAUUGAGCCCUCUCCCUACAAGUUUGAGUUCAAGAAGAAGGUGGAUUGUAAGCCGGUGUGUACUAAAUCCUACAACACCAACAAGCCAGAGGACAAAGCCCACCUGGACUUUCUGAAGAAAGGCAUGCUGCUCAACUACCAGCACCACUGGAUAGUGGACAACAUGCCAGUGACCUGGUGUUAUGAUGUUGAGGAUGGACAGAAGUUCUGUAACCCAGGGUUUCCCAUCGGCUGCUACGUCACUGAGGCAGGACGACCCAAAGACGCUUGUGUUGUCAACUCUGACUUUAAGGACAAAGACACAUUCUAUGUCUUCAACCAUGUUGACAUCACCAUUCACUAUCAUGUGGUGGAGAACGAGGCAGCUGGGGCUAGACUGGUCGCUGCCAAGAUGGAGCCCAAGAGCUAUAAACACACCAAAGUGGAGGCACCUGACUGUACAGGAGGGCCCAUGUACCUGAACAACAAGUUCAGUGGAGAGCUGAAGAUCGGCUAUACCUACUCUGUCCAGUUUGUGGAGGACAAGCACAUCAGAUGGGCAUCACGUUGGGACUACAUUCUGGAGUCCAUGCCUCACACCAACAUUCAGUGGUUCAGCAUCAUGAACUCUCUGGUGAUCGUUCUCUUCCUGUCUGGUAUGGUGGCUAUGAUCAUGCUGAGGACUCUACAUAAAGACAUUGCCAGAUACAACCAGAUGGACUCUGUGGAAGAUGCCCAGGAGGAAUUUGGCUGGAAGCUGGUCCAUGGAGAUGUCUUCCGGCCUCCCAGGAAAGGCAUGCUCCUCUCUGUCUUCCUGGGAUCAGGAACUCAGAUAUUCAUCAUGAUUUUCGUCACUCUCUUCUUUGCCUGCCUGGGCUUCCUAUCCCCGGCUAACCGCGGUGCCCUGAUGACGUGUGCCGUGGUGCUCUGGGUCCUACUGGGAACACCAGCCGGCUACGUGGCUGCCCGCUUCUACAAGUCCUUUGGUGGGGAGAAAUGGAAGACUAAUGUCCUGCUGACUUGCUUCCUGUGUCCUGGGGUUGUGUUUGCUGAUUUCUUUGUGAUGAAUCUGAUCCUGUGGGGAGAGGGCUCCUCUGCAGCCAUGCCUUUUGGCACCCUGGUGGCCAUCUUGGCUCUGUGGUUCUGCAUCUCUGUCCCCCUCACCUUCAUAGGGGCCUACUUCGGCUUCAAGAAGACCGGGAUUGAGCACCCUGUGCGGACCAAUCAGAUCCCUCGUCAGAUCCCGGAGCAGUCGUUCUACACCAGAUCUCUCCCAGGGAUCGUCAUGGGGGGGAUCCUCCCGUUCGGCUGUAUCUUCAUCCAGCUCUUCUUCAUCCUCAACAGCAUCUGGUCUCACCAGAUGUACUACAUGUUUGGUUUCCUGUUUCUGGUGUUCAUCAUCCUGGUAAUCACCUGCUCUGAGGCCACCAUCCUACUCUGCUACUUCCACCUCUGUGCUGAGGACUAUAACUGGCAGUGGCGUUCCUUCCUGACCAGUGGUUUCACGGCCGUCUACUUCCUGGUCUAUGCCAUCCACUACUUCUUCUCCAAGCUCCAGAUCACAGGAUUGGCUAGCACCAUCCUCUACUUUGGUUACACCAUGAUCAUGGCUCUCAUCUUCUUCUUAUUCACAGGAACGAUUGGAUUCUUUGCCUGUUUCUGGUUCGUCACCAAGAUCUAUAGCGUAGUGAAGGUGGACUGAGUAGUUAACCAAAAACCAAACCAAUGGAUUUUCCUGUUUAUUCUCCCACGCCCCCUCCCCCCUCACCCCCCCUGGGCUGGAGGGACACUAUUGUUACAUUACACCCUGACUGCGUACGCUGACCAGGGCCCACUGGUCUAAGUACGGAAUAGGGUGCCGUUUGGACCACAACCCUUAUCUACUGUGUGGAAGACGCUUUUUUUGUCAGAGCAGCAAGACACCAGUCUCGUGUGUGUGUGUGUGUGUGUGUGUGUGUGUGUGUGUGUGUGUGUGUGUGUGUGUGUGUGUGUGUGUGUGUGUGUGUGUGUGUGUGUGUGUGUGUGUGUGUGUGUGUGUGUGUGUGUGUGUGUACAUAAUAUGUAGUCUGGAGUGCAGGAAAUUAAUGACCUGUUGGGAGGUCCAGAUCUGACUGCACAUCAAUGAAACAUCUGUUAUUUACCUCUGACAAAUGCAAUGGAAAUAGGAAACCUGCAUGGUAGUGACUAUUUCAAUACAGUUAGGUUCUGUCCACGUUGGCACACUAGGUGGUUUUACGGUGUCAUUCAAACUCUAAUAGUGUUGGACAAUAUGAUUGUAAAUAACUUAUUUUUUCUAAUGCUGAUGAAUGAUUUGGGGUCGUAAUAAGCUUAAAAUGUGAGAUGGAAUUCCUCCUCUAACCCAUGUUAUGUGUGGGUCCCAAAUGGCACUCUAGUCUGCACUACAAAAGUAGUCUGCACUAUGUAGGGAGUUGGGUGCAAUUUGGGAUUAAAGCAUUUUCUCUGGGGUUUGUUUUAUUUUGUAUUAUAAAUGCUUGAGUAUUAACCAACUGGUCUGUUAUUUAACUUUAUAUUCCAAUUACAUUUUUUCUGUCUUUCCUUUAUUUUAUUUUUGCCUCAAAGACACGUGCCUCAUCAGUAGUUCAUUUUAUUUGCAAAAACCAACCGUUUGGGAUUUUGUGAAAGGCAUCAUCGACUUCUAUGUCCCAAAUGGCACCCUAUUCCCUAUGUAGUGCACUACCCUUGAUCAAUGGCUCGGGUCUGAAGUAGUGCACUACAUAGGGAAUAGGGUGCCAUUUGGGACAUCGUCCAUCUGUUAUGUGGGGAUCUGAUACUUAUAUCCUUUCAGUGUAAAUAUACUCUCUUCAUAAAUGAUACUAGUUUCAUUAGUCUGACCGAGUAUCUGGGUUCCUUCUCUCCUUCACUGGUUUGAAAUGAUGUAAUUAUGAUCUGAAAAAUAAGAAAUGGUAGAAAAUGUCAAAUAAAACAUUUUCCUGUUGGA